AUGCCAGCUGAUAGCAAAUGCGACGUCCUAGUCGUCGGGGCAGGCCCUGCUGGCUUCAUGGCCGCAUUGACGCUGGCUCGCUACAAGGUUGACGUUCGAGUGAUUGACGUUCGCCCUGAACGCAUCCAGACCGGCCAUGCAGGAGGAAUCCAACCUCGGACGCAGGAGGUCCUACAGACCCUCAACCUCCGCCACCAGCUGGACACGCGGGGUAACCAUGUCAGCGAGAUGGCCUUCUGGGCGCCCAACGAUCUCGGCCAGCUGGAACGCACUUAUGUCGGUCAGGAGAUCCAGACCACGACGCCCUACCCGUGGAUCCUGAGCGUGCCGCAGCGCGAAACGGAGCGCGCCUUCGACGAAGAGCUGCAGCGCCAUGGAUGCCAGGUCGAUCGACCAGUCGAGUUGGUUGAUUUCGCCUACGUCGACGAUGACACGGAGCAUCCGCUGCACGUGCGGGUCAAGCACCGGCACUCAAAUGUCGUCUCGACCUGCCGCACCAAGUACCUCCUGGGUGCCGACGGGGCCAGCAGCAAGACCCGGCAGCUGCUGGGCUUUGACUGGGAGACGCACGGCAGCCAGGACGAGGUCUGGUGCGUGGCCGACGUGCAGCUGCAAAGCGACUUCCCCGACCUGCGCCGCCGCUGCGCCAUCCGCGCUGCCCAGGGCCGCAUGAUGCUGAUCCCUAACGCCCUAGACACGAACCGCGUCUACACCCUGCUCAACGACGAUGACCUCCGCCGGGUGGCCGAGCAGCCAUCGUCCAAGGCCAACGGCGUCAACGGAGUCAACGGAGUCAACGGGUACGCGCGGUACAGCGACACAGCCCUGGAGGCGCUGCUGCGACAGCGCGUGCGCGACGUGGCUGGUGCCUACAAAAUGGAGAUCGAGCAGAUCCUCUGGAUCAGCCAGUACCGACUGCAGCAGCGGAUUGUGGACCAGUUCUGGGACCAGCGCCGCGUGUUCAUUCUGGGGGAUGCGUGCCACACGCACAGCACCUCGGCCGCGCAGGGGCUCAACACCAGCGUCGCCGACGCCUACAAUCUGACUUGGAAGCUGGCGCUGGUUCUUCAAGGGCGCGCCGAACCCAGUCUACUAGACACCUACGCCCUGGAACGCCGCCAGAUGGCACAGGAACUCAUCGACUUCGACGUGCAGUUCUCGCACCUCUUCUCGCGCAAGGACUUCCGCGAGGACACCCAGUUUCAGGACACCUACAAGAAAGCGCAGGGGUUCACCUCCGGCGUCGGCCAGCAAUACCAGACGGGGCCCCUGACGCGGCCCUGCGAGGAGCCUCUGGUCAUUGACCAUCUGGCCGUCGAGCCCCUGACCCCCGGCAAGCGUCUCUAUCCCAUAGACGUCUACCGUCACCUAGACGGGACGCACCUCAACCUGCUCAAUGACCUCCCGUCGAACGGCCGCUUCCACCUCUGUGCAUUCGUCGGCUCCGCCAUCCAGGACGGCCGUCUAGCGCCGCUGACGGACUACCUGGCCUCCUCCGAGUCGGCCCUCUCGCGCUUCGACGCGGCCGCCAACCCGGCCUGGGGCUUCGAGGACAUCUUCUACGCUAACCCGCAGAACCGCGAUCGCAUCGUGGAUCUGUUCCUGGUGCACUCCGAUAGUCGCCACGAGGUGCGUCUGGAGAACCUGCCCGCCCCACUGCCGCAGUGGAAGUACCGUAUCUACGAAGAUCCGCAGGCGGCGGGGCACCGUCUGCUUGGGGUGGAUCCGCGAGUUGGGGCUUUGGCUCUCGUGAGACCGGACGGGUUUAUUAGUUUGGUGGUGGGGUUGGAUGAGGGGUACAAGGUGACGGAGCUUUUGCGCGAGUAUUUGAUCUAG